AAAUAAAAUAUGUAAAUUUUAUUUUCUGCUCCGUGGACUUUCCGCUUCAAGUUGAGGAUAGCACCGCACGAAACCACCAAGAAAAAAACCCAAUCGGUUUCUGAGAGCAGAGCACAAAACCAAGCAAACAACACCACCUGCAGUACGAAACAACACAGAAAAACAGAGAGUUUUAGAGAGAGAGAGAGAAAAACAGAGGAUUCUAGAGAGAGAGAGAGAAACAGAGGAAAAAGCUGCUUGCUUGAUUGCUCGAUAUUACUAUCAAUGACCGCCAAAACCCAAGACUCGAACAGGGUCGCAGUUUCAGCUCCGCCGCCACAGAAGCAGCCACAAAGACCAGUGAUAACACUCCCGCCGCGGCCGUCCGCGGAGGCCCUUUUCAGCGGCGGAUCUGGGGCGAGCCCGGGUCCCAUGACUCUUGUCUCGAGCUUCUUCGAGAACUACCCUGAGUCGGAUUUCAGGUCCUUCUCUCAGCUCCUCGCCGGAGCCAUGGGCUCGCCGGUGGGGUCCACAAGGGGGAUGAACUUUUUUAGCGAUAGCCCAGCUGAUGGUUUGGGAAAAUCAGGCGGAGGUUCCGAAUAUGGCGGGGAGGGCAGUUCUGGGUUUAAGCAGAGUAGGCCGAUGAGUUUGGCGGUGGCUCGGCCGCCAUUGUUUACUGUCCCGCCGGGACUCAGCCCCUCUGGGUUGCUUAACUCGCCUGGCUUCUAUUCACCUCAGAGUCCGUUUGGAAUGUCACACCAGCAGGCCUUGGCACAGGUUACUGCUCAAGCUGCAUUAGCCCAAUCUCGUGUGUACAUGCAACCUGAUUACCAACCUUCUUCAGUAGCAGCCCCGACAGAGCCACAGGCAUGUCAACCAUCUUUAAUGCCCGAGGAAGCUUCUCGGCAGCUUACAUUGCCCUCAACAUCUGAUACUAAAAGUUCUGUGAGGCAAUCCUCAGAGGCAUCUCAUUCUGAUGGGAAAUACCAACCUUCAUCCACUGGUAGGCCUGCGGACGAUAGCUACAACUGGCGGAAAUAUGGGCAGAAGCUGGUUAAGGGCAGUGAAUUUCCUCGAAGCUACUACAAGUGCACACAUAUGAAUUGCCCUGUCAAAAAGAAAGUCGAGCGUAUUCCUAGUGGCGAAAUAACUGAGAUUAUCUACAAAGGUCAGCAUAACCAUGAAGUCCCUCAACCGAGUAAACGCCCAAAAGAUGGUGAUCUGAAUGGGCCUAAGCCUGAAAACGGAUUACAAAGAAGGGUAGGAGAUUCAAAUAGGUUGAGUGAAAAUAUAGCUUCUCACUCACAACCUGAAAGGGAUCAGGAAUCUACUGAAGCCGCUUCUGGACAGUUACCAGGGGGAAUUGACAAUGAAGAGUUGGGCGAUGGGGAAACUAGAGAAGAGGGAGAUGCUGAUGAACCAAAUGCAAAGAGAAGGAACAUAGACGUUGGCGCAUCUGAGGUAGCUUUGGCACACAAGAUGGUCACAGAACCAAAAAUCAUUGUGCAGACAAGGAGUGAAGUUGAUCUUCUCGAUGAUGGCUAUAGGUGGCGCAAGUACGGGCAAAAGGUGGUCAAAGGGAACCCUCAUCCAAGGAGCUAUUACAAAUGCACGUUUGCGGGGUGCAAUGUCCGUAAGCAUGUUGAGAGAGCUUCCACUGACGCUGAAGCUGUCAUCACUACAUAUGAAGGCAAACACAACCAUGAUGUUCCAGCAGCAAGAAACAGCAGCCACAGCACGGCCAAUAAUAGUGCAUCACUGUUAAAACCACCCGCGUCCAGGGCUCCUCAGCAUACCCUACAGAAGGGCAGAGAAUAUGGAAACAAUGAUCAGAGACCGGUACUUCUUCAGCUAAAAGAAGAACAAAUAGUUGUUUAAAGUGCUUCAGUGAAAUCCGUUAUGUAAGUAAAGGUCAGUAGUCAAGUCCAACAACUAACACGAUGCAAAAUGAACGAAUACGGAGAAUAAAGAAAGGAAAGGUUUUUAGCGUGGUGAAUGUCACUGGUGUGUGAUCUUUGUUGAUAUGCAUUGCUGCACAUGUAGAUGGUUUAUAGGUUUGGCUUCAUAGGCCCGACAUUAUUUGUAAAUUUGAAUACAGAAAUAGGGUCGUAUAUGUGUAGAAUUACGUCACGCUGAAAUGCGAAUAUACAAGUAUACAACUGAUGUAUAAAUGUGCUUUAAAUCUACUCCGCUUUUUUCAAUUA